UCUAGAGUGUAUGCAGCAUUUGAUGUUAUAUUAGAUUUUUAUGGAAUGAAGCUGUAUAACGAUAUCAAAGGUAUAUUCAGAAGGAAGAGGAGUACUUAUAAAGAUAGAUACUAUUAUUUGCAAAGUAAUCCUUCUGAAAACUAUCGAAGAAUCACACGAGUCCUUGUAUCCAUAGGUGAACUGGGAUUGGAAAGAUUUCAGGUACCUUGGAUUGAGUUUCUCAUUAAAGAAGGUAUAGACAAUGCACUUUUCCCAACUCUUGAUGGAGAAAGCAUUAUGCACUGGAUUACUGCUAUAAAAUACGAAGAGGAGAGGCAAGUGAUGUUCAGAAAGUAUCAGAAAUUAGCUGGACACAUGCCUCUUGUUAGUCCCAUACAAACUAGAAAUGUUGGAAAUAGGUCUGAUGUGUAACAGUAGAACAGUAAAACAAGUGCUCGUAAUAUUGCUACCUGGGACUACGCAGAAGCCGAUGGUGAUUUUUAUAUUACGUUCAUUUAAUAAGGGGAUGCUGUGAUGUAACAGUUUAGGAAACUAAAUUGUAACCUUAGAUCACUCAUUUAAAACGAAAGACAUUUAAGGCCUAUGCAACAACUGUUAGAAACUGAUGAAUAUGAGGGUCAGGUGGCGUGAACACCUUGUCAAUUGUAGUUAACAAAUUAAAGUAUUAAACAUUUUUUUCAAAGAAAAUGUAACACUCGCCAUGCUUGACCAUGCAUUAUAAUUUUUUGUAACACCAAAUAAUUUUUUUUCUAUCAUUUAAAGAUCAUGUAUGUUGUAAUUCAGAUUGUAUAUAUAUAUAUUUUUAUGCGUUUAUUUAAGGUCACCGCCGGAAAGCCCAUAUGGGCGACAGUACACUCAAGUCGGGCCAUCCUAGAGCGCCCCGCCGAGAUUUUUUCGUCGAUUUUUAUUCCAGCUUUUAUUUGUGGUAAAUACCCCAGGUGCCCCUCCGGGCAUUAUUUCAGGCACGAGCGGGCACCUGGGUAGAACCACCGACCUUUGGUAAGCCAGCUGGAUGGCUUCCUCACAUGAAAUAUUUCGACCCGAGUGAGGAUCAAACCUACAGCGGUCAGGGACCUGUGAUCUCAAGUCAGCGACCUUAACCACUCGGCCACGGAUUGUAUACUACACAAUUAGUGAAAUUAUACAAUGUAUAUGUAUAUAAUUAUGCUUAUAAAGCAAUUUUCGAGAACCGAAGAAUAUGUAAAAUAUGUACUGCAAAUAUUUGUACAUAUUAUAUGUAAUCAUUAAAAUAUAUGCAUUCAUUUCUUAUUAA